AUGGGGAAGAACAAAAUUUAUUUUCCAAGCACCAAGAACAGAAGGAAUGUAAAUUGUUCUGCUACAUCAGUAGCAGAGACAGGAAAUUUUGUUGUCUAUACCAUAGAUGAUCAGCGAUUUGUCAUUCCCUUAACAUUUCUAAGCUGUAGCCUCUUUAAUGAGCUAUUAGGGAUGUCUGAAGAACUAUUUGGAUUACCAAGUCAAGGGCCUAUCAGAUUACCAUGUGAUGCUAUCUUCAUGGAGUAUAUAGUCUCACUUAUGAGUAAAGGUUUAGCUAAGGAUAUAGAGAAAGCUUUGCUUAUUGCAAUAGAAACUAGUUGCUGCUCAAUGGCCAAAAGUCUCCAUGAAGGAGUAACAGAGAAACAAUUGCUUGUUGCCUGCUGUUAA